AUAGGCUGAGUUCAAGCUCUACAGAAGGUGUAGAAGCAACUUUGGGACACAGAAUGUCUUCACUACUGCAGGAGAAACUUUGUGAAGUUCAAAUUCAGUCUCCCGCUCCCCAGAAAGAUUUUCACUACUUCACCAUCACAAAAACUGAGGUUAUCUGGAGAUCAUGGCAAAUUACUUACCGACCUAAUCAAGAAAAGAUUUUUCCAAAGGAAUUGAAGAAGACACACAGAGAUUUUCUAUUGGAUGAACACUUACAUAAGCAAGUUCAAAGCAUUUUGGGGAAAAACAUGCUGAAGUACACUCUCAACUUGUGUCAAGGACACUACGAUUUCUUAGUUCGAAUGCCUGAAAAUUUGAUUGUUCAUAUCAUGUCAUUUCUUAAUAUGGAGGAUAUUGAACAGUUGUCAAAAACCUGCAAAAGGUUUCAGCAGAUAUUUAUCUUUCAGCUGUGUAACACGGAUGAAUUUUGGGAAAGAAUAAAAAAAUUGCAAGAUAAAUGUACUCUUGAUCUACAGUCAGCCAAAUUUCCAGCUUAUGAAAAGCAAAGGAAUUUACAUCAAAGAAAAGGCUAUCUGACACAGAUGCAGAGAAGGCACACCACAUUCUUCUAAAAUGUCGAGUUUAUAUUAUAUCUUCUUCUUAAUAAAGACUACUAUUCAGACUGCAUAACAUUACUGGGCCAUAAAUGUUUCAUAGCA